UAGUUGCAGCCCUAGCUGGCGGCAUCAACGCCUGAGUGACCGCAAUCUGCGAGCACAAUGGUGCAGCGUAUUGACAGUGGGAAGUUGGAUCAUUCCCACCACCCCCGGACUGCAGAAUUUUUCUUGCGUGGGUGGAGGAAUUUCCCUAAUUUUCUGGAAAAUGUCACUUAUUUUCGAAAGCAAAGGUUGACAGGUGUGCCGAUGCAGUGGGUGGAUCUUAACAGAGUUUGUGUGGAAUGGUGUAAGAUACCAGAGUUCUCUCCGACUUUUGAACUGAUGUAAGAUAAGGAUGUUUAAGCUAUUUUAUGGCAGAAGAAGCUUGGACGUGCAGCACCUGCACCUCUAUCUUAAUGCACAAAUAAUGUGAACACUCCAGUCAGUAUGUGGUCCCGCUUCCCACUCUGCUUUGUGCGGCUGAUCUUGCCAAACCUGAAUGUUAUCCCGAGAGGCAUGUGUGACUGCAGGAUUGGGUUUACAUUCUGUGUUCAGUGGCAUCCCUCUCCUUUUCAUUCAUUCAAAUCCUCUGAUAUACUCAAAUAAUUGCACAACCUGCCCAAAGUGCAUUGUUGUGGAGUGUACUUAAACUCGAGCAAGUUGUGCUAAGUUAAGAUAUUAUCUUUGUGAACCUUAAGCUUCCUUCUAUCAGAUUGUAGCUGAGGCACCCAUCCUAUCACAGCUAUUGUGUCAUAAAAUUCCCACUGCACAAAUGAUUUUAUUUGACUUUUACCUUUGCUUUGAUUAAAACCAAAAGCUUUAGGUCAGAUAUACGUCAACAUUUUUUUUUUAUGUGAUUUUGACACUGACAUUGAUGCAGAAUGAUUGCAACACUCCCCAGUGUUGAUUGACAGUCCGGCUAUAGGGAGGAGUCAGCUGACAAACUUUACUCACUCUCCCAUCUGGAGGAAGAGGAGCACUGCAGAGUGUGUGCCGUAUACACUCAGCAAAGUGCUGACGGUGUUUGUGUGAGGUGGAAAACUGAUCUCUGUCGAGCCAACAAUGCCUCCUGAUAGUGCCUUGGAGGUGUACAAGGAGUUGGUGCUCCUCUACCUGGAGGAGGGCCGGCGGCAGGUGAACUCGCGCUGCGGGGAAUUGGAGCCAUGGCAAAUCAUCGGAGUGACAUUGAUUACCACACUGGGAGCGGUCUGGCUUAAAGGGUUUCUCUUCCAGCAAGAAAGUCUCCUAUCCAGAAUGAAGAAGCAGUGCUUUCGACUCAUCAGAAAAAUACCCUUUGUUGGCGGGGCGAUUCAGAGCCAGCUGAACAAGGCAUUAGACGACAUGUCUGCAAGCCUGUGUACUCUGAAGAACGGGAUGAGCUAUACUAAAAAGCUACCGUCCAAAGGUCUCACACAGAGUCAAGUGUUGGACAAAAUCAGCGAGUACCAAACACUGAACGAGGUGCAGUGGGAGAAAGGGUGUGUUUCGGGCGCAGUCUACUGGGGUGAUGAAAACCUAACUAAACUCCUGGUGAAGGUGUAUGGAGAUUUUGCAUGGAGCAAUCCACUUCACCCAGACAUCUUUCCCGGUGUGAGAAAGAUGGAGGCCGAGGUCGUCAGAAUGGCUUGCACACUUUUCCACGGUGGACCCAACUCGUGUGGCACAGUGACUUCAGGAGGAACAGAGAGCAUACUGAUGGCAUGCAAGGCGUACCGAGACAUGGCAUAUGAACGAGGUGUCAAAUAUCCAGAAAUUCUGGCACCAAUUAGUGUCCAUGCAGCCUUCGACAAAGCGGCACAUUACUUCGGGAUGAAACUUGUUCACAUUCCACUCAAUAUGAAAACAAUGCAAGUAGACGUCAAGGCUAUGAAGAGAGCCAUCAGCAAGAACACAGCCAUGCUUGUGUGCUCGGCCCCCCAGUUUCCACACGGGAUCAUGGACCCCAUUGAGGAAGUAGCAAAGCUUGCUGUACGCUACAACCUCCCAAUGCAUGUGGAUGCUUGUCUAGGCGGUUUUCUGAUUGUCUUCAUGGCCAAGGCGGGCUACACCCUUGCGCCGUUUGACUUCAGAGUAAAAGGUGUCACCAGCAUCUCUGCAGACACACAUAAGUAUGGCUACGCCCCCAAAGGCUCCUCAGUGAUCCUCUACAGUGAUAAAAAGUACCGUCACUAUCAGUACUUUGUGGCUCCAGACUGGCAGGGUGGAAUCUACGCCUCGCCCUCGAUAGCGGGCUCCAGGCCCGGAGGAAUUGUUGCAGCCUGCUGGGCAACCAUGAUGCACAUGGGAGAGAACGGAUACGUGGACGCCACUCGGAAGAUCAUCUGCGUGGCACGCAAAAUCAAAACAGAGAUUAGAAAGAUGAAAGGUGUGUUUGUGUUUGGGGAUCCAGAGGUUUCAGUGGUAGCAAUGGGCUCGGAUGUUUUUGAUAUUUUCCGCCUGUCUAACGCACUGACGUCAAAGGGCUGGAAUCUGAACACGCUGCAGUACCCAUCCAGCAUCCACAUUUGUUGCACACUUCUCCACACCCAGCCUGGAGUUGUGGAACGCUUUGUUAGUGACGUCAGAGAGCAGGUUGCCAUCAUCAUGAAGAACCCUAAAGAGAAAACCACAGGAAAGGGAGCGAUCUAUGGCAUGGCCCAGUCCAUCCCAGACAGAUCAAUGGUAACAGAGAUCUCCCGAGGCUUCCUGGACUGUCUCUACAGCACAGAGGUCAAAAGUCAGAAGUCAAACAUCAGCCACAUGAACGGUAACGGCAAGGCCCACCAAAAAAGGAGUGGGCUGUUCUGACCUCGCUGCACCCUGGGAAGGUCGCUCACCUCCUCCCGUUGCUCCGAGUUCAUAACUCAACGGUUGCCUUAUCCUGCAUCACUGCAAGGAAAACACCUGCAAAGGUUUUUAAAGCACAAGACGUCCAUUUGGAUCAUUCGAGAAGCAAACGACUCAAAGGCUGGUUAUGGUCUUUCAUUUGAAAAUAAUAUAGUCGAUGUGUGUCGUUAGUCAUUUCAAGUUCACCUAAUCUGCAUAGCAAACAUUUAUUUAGUUUUUAAUGUCAGAACAUUUCAGUUUCACAUUCUCUGAUGACUCAGCAGAAAAUAAGGAGUAAAGAAAAACAGACCACUGAGACCGGAACAAGCUACUCAAGACUGGUUGUGGAACUCCUGACAUCUCAUACAUCAUUUCUCACGUAAAAACACAAUUCAGGUGCAUAUUUAAACCACUCUGUCAUCCUGUACACUUAAGUUCUUGUUUUCGCACUUGUUGUAAUUACUUUCUAUUGAUCUGCUUUUGUGCUCCUUUUCUAGUUAGUGCAGGACUUGUAGACAGCAGGAGAAUACUUUCAAAUAUGGGAUUUUUUUUGUUUUUUAUAUCACAUGAUAUAUCAGAGAAAGUACUUUGAAAACGUUCCAACAGCUAGUGUUAGCCAAAGCUUAUCAGCUGUAUCGGUUAUUUUUCCCCCAUUUAAGACAACCUUGUGACUACAGUAGAUCCCUGCUCUUUAUUGGGGUUACGUUUCGGGACCACCAGCAAAUGGCAAAAAUCUUCCAAGUAACUGAAACGCUCAUAAAAAUGUCUGGUUUUGACACACGGCUUGCCCCUCCUUCUUCAAAUCGUCCUGCUCGCUCGAUGUUGACGUUCUCCUCCGAUUUUGGAUCAGCAUUUGCAAUAAAAGCGGUUGUCGUAAUUAUUAGAUUAGCUUCCGAUCCACAACCUUCCCCUUCUCUCUUCAAUCCAGAAAAGACAAUCCAAGUUUAAGUCCAAAAUAUGCCUCACACACUUAUAAGACAUUUUAAUGAUAAAAUUUUUUAGUACUCACUACUCAUGAAUGAAAAUGUAAGAUGACAUAUGAACAAAUCAGUCACGGUGUAGACGUUAUACAGUAAUCCCUUGCCACUUUGUGCUUCAAAUUUCAUGCCUUCACUCUAUCACGGUUUUUAAUUAAUAACUCAUGCUGUUUUGUGAUUUAAAAAAAUGCAUAUUUAGCCAGUGUUACUUUUUUGGCCUAAAUUAAGCAUUUUCAAGCAUAGAAAUGGCUAAAUGAACUAAAAUACAAAUAUAAGGCUUUCAGAAGAUCCAUUCAAAGACGCUGUGAUGUUGUAUUCUAUACUGGUCACUCGGUAUCAGUAAGGUUAAAGUUCAGUGAGAUGCACGCACCAGGCUUGAUGGCCGGAACAACAUCUUUCAUUGCAUGUUUGAAGUAUCUCACAACAGGCACAAUAAUCCCUAAGAUGAGCUACUGUUGCGGCCGUAACCCAUGGCAAGCUAAAACUCAACUCUGAAUCCCCGACGUCACUUCCUGUCUGCCCCCCCAUUCUGCUCCCCUACUAGCAACGGAACACAUUGACAGCAACACACACAAACACAAGUCUUAUUGAUGUCAUAAAUGGCUUAUUUAUUGUUAUUAUGUCUACUGUAUUGGGUAAUACGAGUGUAAAGGUGACUAUAGAGGUGUUAUUUCAUGUCUAGAGGGCUCUAAUAAUGUUAAAAAAAAACAGUAUUUGUAAGGUCAUAAACAGGCUUUCUAUGGUCUGAUUACAAAAAUAUUCAAUUUAUAAAUAAGGAAUCCUACUUAGCGUGGAAAUUCACUUAUAAUAGUCUGCUCUGGAACCAAUUAACUGCGAUAAACAAGGGAUCACUGUAUAUAAGUUUCACUUUUGUGUCUUGCAGCAACAGUGGUGUGUUCAAGGAAUGCCAAACAAAGUGCGAUAUUCCAAUGCUUGACGAAAAAACAUUAUCAGUCAAGCAUAAAGACAUAACCAUGUAAAAAUUCUAGGCGUUUUUUUUUUUUUUUUUUUUUUUUUUUUUUUUUACAGUGGUAUGUGUUUGCGGAACAUUUGAACUGUAUUAUCGCAUAUUUAUAAAUUAUUACCGACUUCGGAGUGAUGAGAUGCGUUUUCUGCAGGAAUAAGGGCCUAUUUUUGGAGAAAAAAAAAUAGAACAUAUACUUAGACCAAAUAUUUGCAGGGCUGAAUCGUGAAUGUGCGGGGAUCCACUGUAUAUCACUAAAUCACAUUUUUUUAAAUCAUUGACGUGAGUGCCCCAUAUUUCUUUGUGUGCUAAUUCAAUCUACCUCACUUUCUACUUCUACUGUCAGUACAACUUAACAAAGCAAUUGUUGGCUUCUAUUUUCAAACGUCGACUCCUGUUAAACUUUAACACUGUCAGGGCAUUUGAGUUAUCUUAUGAUGUGGGGAAAAAAUGAUAGAGACCCGCCACGAUUGAGGUUACUGAUUGACAAGACAAGGCAUUUUCACCUCUGCGCUCUAAAGGACCAUGUUGUAUACACAUGGCAUUAUUUCUCUCUUAGUGCAAUACCCGUUUCUCAUGGGAAGUGAUCUGCUCAUAAUGGUUAACAAGCAAUUAGGACUAAUAAGAAGCAUAUCAGACCUUGUUCAUGUCCUUUUACCCAUUGUGUGACCGCUGGGUGCUUCUCUUCUUACAUUGUUUGUUCAAUAGUGUUUAAAAAAUGAAAAAGAUGAAUGUUUUUCCAAGUCUGGGCUGCACCUAUCAGGGUUUAUUCAGUUUGUGCCUGGUUCAAAGACGAUGGCAACAAACAAUGUGUUGUGUUCUAGUAUUGUACCAAUAGCGAGUGUUCGACUCUGUGCCUUCAGAAGUUUGUCAUCAUACUACUUUUAUUUCAUCUUAACAUCCUCAGGGAUUCAGACGUGUACCAAACGUCACUGAUGUCCAUAUAUGUGCUCAUUAGUUUCAUUCAAAAUGUCUAUGGACAUUUGAGCACAUCAAAUAGCAUCGCAUGGUUUCUACUGUCUACUAGUCCAAAUUAACAUUUUACAUGUUUUCAAUUUGAAAGUUUACUGUUUAAAUCUUUAGUGUUCUGUUUUCAAUAAAAUACAUAUACUCAUGGUUGGCUCAUGUUUCAG